AUGAGAGGAGGGGAGAACGCAGAGAAGGAAGAGACAAAAGGCGGAAAGGAAGAAGAGACGACGAAGAGAAUAGAGACAGGAGGAAAGAAAGGAAGAGAAGAAGAGGGACAGGAGGAGAGGAAGAAGAGAAAAGACGAGAAGGAAGAAGAGAAGAAGAAUGAGGAAGAAGAGAGAAGACAGAAAGAAAAGACAGAAGCUGACAGGAGAAAGCGAAGGCGGGAAGAGAUACGAGGGGAACGCAGAGGAGGUGGAGAGGGUGGAGAGGUGGGGAUGAGAUAG